AGCUUGGCUCGGGUCCUCCACGCUUACCCCCGGACAGCGGGAGACUCGGGCCAGCGGGACGCCCCUUCUGGCACACGCCCUGGGGCAGGCGCUCACGCACGCCUGCUAACACUCACUCCCCAUCCGUCCCUCGCGCGCCCUCUCCCAUCCUUCUGCCCCGAGCGCUCGCUCGCUCGCUUCUCUCUCUCUUUCUCUCACGCGCACGCACACACACACACACACACACACACACACACACACACACGGUCGCUCACACUCUGGUCCUCUCUGGCCCGACGCUCUCCUAGCGCCCACCUGCUCCACGCACCCCUCCGUGGCACGCCCGCCUGGGUUCGCGCCCCUCGCGCUCUUAGCCCUGACUGUCGCAGAUACCGGGGGCAGCGAGCCCCGGGGUGAGCGCCCCCGCCCCGCUCCUUCCCUUAGGGGCGCGCCCGAUGCCUGGGACGGGCCGCUGAGCCGGAGGGGACCGAGGAGGCCAUGGUGGGAGCGUUCGCCCGCCACGGUGCCCGCUGAGGCCAUGCCAGGCCCCCUGCGCCCGGCCGGCGCCCGCCUGCGCCUGCUCCUGCUCCUGCCGCCGCUGCUGCUGCUGCUCCGAGGCAGCCACGCGGGCUACCUGACGGUGGCCGUGGUGCUGCCGCUGGCCAACACCUCGUACCCGUGGUCCUGGGCGCGCGUGGGACCCGCCGUGGAGCUGGCCCUGGCCCGGGUGAAGGCGCAGCCCGACUUACUGCCGGGCUGGACGGUCCGCACGGUGCUGGGCAGCAGCGAGAACGCGCUGGGCGUCUGCUCCGACACCGCCGCGCCCCUGGCCGCGGUGGACCUCAAGUGGGAGCACAACCCCGCGGUGUUCCUGGGCCCGGGCUGCGUGUACGCCGCAGCCCCCGUGGGGCGCUUCACCGCGCACUGGCGGGUGCCGCUGCUGACGGCGGGCGCCCCCGCGCUGGGCUUCGGGGCCAAAGACGAGUAUGCGCUGACCACCCGCGCCGGGCCCAGCUACGCCAAGCUGGGCGACUUCGUGGCGGCGCUGCACCGACGGCUGGGCUGGGAGCGCCAGGCGCUCGUGCUCUACGCCUACCGGCCGGGCGACGACCAGCGCUGCUUCUUCCUAGUGGAGGGGCUGUAUAUACGGGUCAGCGACCGCCUCAACAUCACCGUGGACCACCUCGAGUUCGCCGAGGGCGACCACGACCACUACACCAUGCUGCUGCGGACCAUGCGGCGCAAAGGCCGAGUUAUCUACAUCUGCGGCUCCCCAGAUGCCUUCAGAACCCUCAUGCUCCUGGCCUUGGAAGCCGGCCUGAGUGGAGAAGACUAUGUUUUCUUCCACCUGGAUGUCUUUGGGCAAAGUCUGCAAGGUGCUCAGGGCUCUGCUCCCCGCAGGCCCUGGGAGAGAGGGGAUGGGCAGGAUGUCAGUGCCCGCCAGGCCUUUCAGGUGAACACCAUCCCAGCAUCCUUCCAUGAUGGGCUUCUGCUCUAUGUCCAAGCAGUGACAGAGACUCUGGCACAUGGGGGAACAGUCACUGAUGGGGAGGACAUCACUCAGCGGAUGUGGAACCGAAGCUUCCAAGGUGUGACAGGAUACCUGAAAAUUGACAGCAAUGGAGAUCGGGAGACUGACUUCUCCCUCUGGGAUAUGGAUCCUGAAACUGGUGCCUUCAGAGUUGUACUGAACUACAAUGGGACUUCCCAAGAGCUGGUGGCCGUGUCAGGGCGCAAACUGAACUGGCCACUGGGAUACCCUCCUCCUGACAUCCCCAAAUGUGGCUUUGACAAUGAGGACCCAGCCUGCAACCAAGACCACUUUUCCAUGCUGGAGGUGCUGGCUUUGGUGGGCAGCCUCUCCCUGCUCAGCAUUCUGAUUGUCUCCUUCUUCAUAUACAGGAAGAUGCAGCUGGAGAAGGAGCUGGCUUCGGAGCUGUGGCGGAUCCGCUGGGAGGACGUACAGCCCAGCAGCCUUGAGAGGCACCUGCGGAACGCGGGCAGCAGGCUGACCCUGAGCGGGAGAGGCUCCAAUUAUGGCUCCCUGCUGACCACAGAGGGCCAGUUCCAGGUCUUUGCCAAAACAGCAUAUUAUAAGGGCAACCUCGUGGCUGUGAAACGUGUGAACCGGAAACGAAUUGAGCUGACACGAAAAGUCCUGUUUGAACUGAAGCAUAUGCGGGAUGUGCAGAAUGAACACCUGACCAGGUUUGUGGGUGCCUGCACCGACCCCCCCAACAUCUGUAUCCUCACAGAGUACUGUCCCCGUGGGAGCCUGCAGGACAUUCUAGAGAAUGAGAGCAUCACCCUGGACUGGAUGUUCCGAUACUCUCUUACCAAUGACAUCGUCAAGGGUAUGCUGUUUCUACACAAUGGGGCCAUUUGCUCCCAUGGGAACCUCAAGUCAUCCAACUGCGUGGUAGAUGGGCGCUUUGUGCUCAAGAUCACUGACUAUGGGCUGGAGAGCUUCAGGGACCCGGAGCCAGAGCAAGGACACACCCUUUAUGCCAAAAAGCUGUGGACAGCUCCUGAGCUCCUGCGAAUGGCUUCACCCCAUGCCCGGGGCUCCCAGGCUGGUGAUGUGUACAGCUUUGGGAUCAUCCUUCAGGAGAUUGCCCUGAGGAGUGGGGUCUUCCACGUGGAAGGUCUGGACCUCAGUCCCAAAGAGAUCAUCGAGCGUGUGAUUCGGGGUGAGCAGCCCCCCUUCCGGCCCUCCCUGGCCCUGCAGAGCCACCUGGAGGAGCUGGGGCAGCUGAUGCAGCGGUGCUGGGCCGAGGACCCACAGGAGAGGCCACCAUUCCAGCAGAUCCGCCUGACGCUGCGCAAGUUUAACAGGGAGAACAGCAGCAACAUCCUGGACAACCUGCUGUCGCGCAUGGAGCAGUACGCCAACAACCUGGAGGAACUGGUGGAGGAGCGGACCCAAGCGUACCUGGAGGAGAAGCGCAAGGCAGAGGCCCUGCUCUACCAGAUUCUGCCUCACUCAGUGGCUGAGCAGCUGAAGCGUGGGGAGACGGUCCAGGCCGAGGCCUUUGACAGUGUCACCAUCUACUUCAGUGACAUUGUCGGUUUCACAGCCCUGUCAGCAGAGAGCACGCCCAUGCAGGUGGUGACCCUGCUCAAUGACCUGUACACUUGCUUUGAUGCUGUCAUAGACAACUUUGAUGUGUACAAGGUAGAGACCAUUGGCGACGCCUACAUGGUGGUGUCGGGGCUCCCAGUGCGGAACGGGCGGCUCCAUGCCCCGGAGGUGGCCCGCAUGGCCCUGGCGCUGCUGGAUGCUGUGCGCUCCUUCCGCAUCCGCCACCGGCCCCAGGAGCAGCUGCGCUUGCGCAUUGGCAUCCACACAGGACCCGUGUGUGCCGGAGUGGUAGGGCUGAAGAUGCCCCGUUAUUGUCUCUUUGGGGACACAGUCAACACGGCCUCAAGGAUGGAGUCCAACGGGGAAGCCCUGAAGAUCCACUUGUCUUCUGAGACCAAGGCUGUCCUGGAGGAGUUUGGUGGUUUUGAGCUGGAGCUUCGAGGGGAUGUAGAGAUGAAGGGCAAAGGCAAGGUUCGGACUUACUGGCUCCUGGGAGAGCAGGGCAGUAGCACCCGAGGUUGACUUGCCUUCCCUCCUGUCCCUAUGUUUCUGCCACACUUCCCUACCCUGUGCCAGAGGUGACAGAGAAGUGCCAGGCCUCAGCCUCACCCACAGCAGCCCCAUCAUUGCCAAAGGAUUGGAGAAGUGGGUUGAACAGCUCAGGUGUGCUGCCCCCAGUGCAGACAACAGAUACAACCUCUGAGAGAGGACUGGUAUGGGGAAGAACUCCGAGCUCACAGCGCUGGACCAAGGCACACGCACAUAGGCACUGCCCUGCUCUCCACCCCGACUCAGGCCAAGCUGCACUGUGGAUUCCUGAUCCUCCUCCCUCAACCUUGCUACACUGUGACUUUCACUGGGAGGGGAAAGAACCAACCAUCUGAGGGGGAAUACGAAAAGAGGCUAGGCGAAUCUAGGAGUGGGGAGUCCAUGUCUGGGCCUAACCCACAUGGGCCACAAUACCCUACCCCACCCCACCCAACAGUGGACACAGCACACAGGGGAGGAACGGCUGGCACAGAGGGGCCGCAGGCCUGCGUGCCUUGCUUCCACUGUGGGCAGAGACCAUUAAAAUCUUUAUUCCAGUUACAGUGUCUCUUCUUGAGGGAGAGAGGGUUGCCAGAAAACAGUCAUGUUCUCCACCUCUACUUCAAAUAAGACUCUUGCUUCUCAAGCUAGGAAUGCAGGGUCUGAAAAAGGCUGCAGUUCACCUUCAACUUUGAGGAGACCAUGUUACAGCCUAUGGAUGACCCAGCAGUGCUGACACUUUUGGGCCAAAGACCCAUUUACACCCUUGAAAAUUAUUGAGGGCCCCAAAGAGCUUUGUUUAUGUGGUUAUAUCUAUUGAUUUUUGCAUAUUAGAAAUUAAAACAAAUUCUUAUUUAUUAACUCAUUUAAGAGAACAAUAAUAAACCCCUUUUAUGUUAA